UUUAUGGUCUUGUUUAUUUAAAAGACAUUGCGUAGUUGUAUUCCCACCAACGUCAAACAAUUUCUGUUGGGUUUAAAAAGAAAAUUAUUGCAGUUAGUCGGUGUAAAUUGUUCUCGAAGAAUAGUAGCACGAUUCUUCAUUAAAUAUUUCGAUUGUUUUUGCAAGUGAAUUAUUAAUUUAGAAGUGAAAAGAUGAUUCGAAUUUUUUUGUUAUUGCUAGCUCUAACGGAAAACGGAUUUACGUUACAUUGCUGGCAAUGCAAUUCGGAAAUCGAUGUAACUUGUAGAGAUUAUUUUAAUAUAACCAGAAUAGAAGAAAACAGAAGACUUUUCGAAAAUUUCAAUUAUCAGAAUAAUAGACCGAUUCAUGAUUUGCCGAGAAAUGAUCCGCAUUUACAGCAUUGCGACGACAGUUUUUCACAUCAAUACAAUCAAAAAUCCGUGUGCCUUAAAAGAGUUUAUAGAGUUACGGGAAGUCACAGUGAUCUUCCUAAUGUGCAAAGAGAUUGUAGAAUAGUCCCGAAAGAUUUCGUUGUUGGAACAUGUCCAGAAGAACUUAAAUCCUUCGGAAACAAAAUUGUCGAUUACUGCAGCACUUGUAAUAUCGACGGAUGCAACAAAGCGGAAGGAAUAAAAUUCAAUAUUUUAAACUCUAUUCUUCUCUUAAUAAUAUUUUUUAUGUUUAAGUGAAUAUAGGUGUUAAAUUUU